CUCAGCAACUUUUCCUCUGGACAGGAUUUGAGAAAUCUCCCCCAUGAUCCUAAAAACUUUCAUUCUUCCUUAUUAUUAUGUGCUACUUUCAUGUGCUGUUGGCCAGGCGUUGUAUGACCAGUUUUUUCAAUAAGUGUUUGCGGAAGACCAGAGUGCCUUAUCACUAAUUUCUUUUGGAUUUUGGAUCUAUGUUUUGGAUGAGCAUUGGGAGCACGUCCGCAUUGAAGGGUGCGUGAGUAGGGACAGCAGUAACCACAGAAGUCAGUCCUUGAGUAGCAGUGCCGACACGAAGUGUCUUUUCUUAUUUCAAGAUUUUGAUAAAUCUCCCCCACUGUAGUACGUUAAAGACUAUUGAUGCACUGGCAGUAGCUAUUUCUGAGACAGAAGGAUGUCGAUUAUUAGAUGUAGACCCUGGAGCAUCCACCAACAGAACAGUGUACACCUUUGUGGGAACACCAGAGGCAGUUGUUGAAGGAGCGCUAAAUGCGGCUCGUGUUGCUUUUAAGUUAAUUGAUAUGAGUAAACAUAAAGGGGAGCACCCUCGUAUGGGUGCUCUGGAUGUGUGCCCCUUUAUUCCUGUCCGGAAUGUGACCAUGGCUGAAUGUGUUUCCUGUGCAAAAAACUUUGCUGAAAAACUUGCAAGUGAACUGCAUGUCCCAGUGUAUCUUUACGCAGAGGCCGCACGCACUGAAAGUAGAAGGACUCUGCCAGCUGUCAGAGCUGGAGAAUAUGAAGCUCUUUCCACCAAGUUACAAAAUCCAGAAUGGAAACCAGAUUUCGGAGAACCAGUUUUUGUUCCAAACUGGGGGGCAACUGUGACAGGAGCUCGGAAAUUUCUCAUAGCAUACAAUAUCAAUCUUUUGACUACUAAAGAACUAGCUCAUCGCAUUGCACUUAACAUCAGAGAAGGUGGUCGCGGGAAAGAUCAGCCUGGACGACUAAAAAAGGUGCAAGCAAUUGGCUGGUAUCUGCAGGAAGAGAAUCUGGCACAAGUAUCUGCAAACUUGUUGGAUUAUGAAAUUAGCCCUCUUCACAUGGUGUAUGAAGAAACACAAAAAGAUGCCAAGGAGUUAAACCUUCCAAUUCUUGGCUCCCAGCUGGUGGGUUUAGUUCCACUUCAAGCAUUGCUGAUUUCUGCUGAAUAUUAUAUUAAAGAAGAAAAUUUGUUCAUACUGGAAGAAGAACACAAAAUUCGACUGGUUAUUAACAGACUAGGAUUGGACUCUCUGGCUCCCUUUGAACCACGGAAAAGAAUUAUUGAGUAUCUUGUUCAAGAUGACACAUCUGGGGCACUUAUCACACAGACUUUAAAAGGAUUUGUGCACAGUGUGGGGGCACGGUCUGCUACUCCUGGAGGUGGCUCUGUAUCUGCCGCUGUGGCUGCUAUGGGAGCAGCACUUGGAUGUAUGGUGGGACAGAUGACUUAUGGAAAACGCCAAUAUGAGUCUCUGGAUGGAGUGAUGAGAGAGUUGAUCCCUCCUUUCCAUAAUGCAAUUGAUCAUUUGCUGGCUCUUGUAGAUUCAGACUCCAAUGCAUUUGGAAGCUAUAUGGCUGCUCUCAAGCUCCCCAAAAACACUGAAGAUGAACAACAGAAGCGUUUCCAGGCUUUACAGAAUGGCUUGAAGGAGGCAGUGGGUGUUCCCCUAAGUCUGGCUGAGAAAAUAAACACUUUGUGGAAGCCACUGGUGGAACUUGCAAAACAUGGCAAUACAUCAUGUUUAUCAGACUUGCAGGUGGCAGCUAAAGCUUUAAAGACCGGCGUAUUUGGAGCUUAUUUCAAUGUUCUAAUCAACCUCAAAGAGAUCAAGGAUGAAGAAUUUAAAAGUCAGACUGAGAAGAAGGUUUCCCAUCUUUUGGACGAGGCAAAGAAGUCUGCUAAAUCUGUGCUGCUAUUAUGCGAGACACGAAGAUAAAAGUGAACAAAAAUUAAAAAAUGUAUCUGCUGGC